AUGGUUACAACCAGAAGCAUGAAGUCAGAAGGAGAUCAGCAACCCGAGCCUCGUGAAGUGGAGGGUCAGAAGCCUGAUGGACCGCGCCUGUAUCGAGGCAAUUGCCAUUGCGGCGAGUUCGUCUACGAGGCCGAGCUCCCCGAAAUCAGGUCAGCGAUGGAGUGCAAUUGCAGCAUCUGCCACAAAAAGGGGUACCUCUGGGUCUUCCCAGCAGAGGGUAGCAAGUUCGAGAUCAUCAAAGGUACCAAAGAUUCUCUGACGCAGUACGCUUUUGGGAAGAAAAGUCUGGCUCAUAAGGCCUCGCAGUUCUGUCCGACAUGUGCCACUCCUGUCAUGGGCGAGUUCAUAGGAGGAAACGGGCGAGCUUUCAACGUGCGGGCCAUUCAGGGCGUUGACUCAUGGGCGCUUGAAAAACAGCCAUAUGAUGGCGCCGCUCUUGGAGACAAAUACGCACCGCCAGACCACCAGGGUCCCUUCCCGUCUGACAUUGACGGAUACAAGCCUAUCACUGGUUCAUGCCAUUGCGGUGCAGUCACGGUGGCUUUCAUGAGCAAGCCGAUAGACGAAAAGUGCGACGAUGAUAUCGCCGAAUGUAACUGCAGCAUCUGCAUGCGGAAUGCUUAUAGAUGGAUCUAUCCGAAGAAAGAGCGCGUGGUCUUAUUCGCCAAAGAGCCGUCCAACAUCGGUCGGUACAGCUUCGGGCGCCACGUCCUCAACAAGACAUUCUGCAACAUUUGCGGCGUGUGCAUGACGAACGAGUACAACCCUCUCACAGAUGAGGAGCGCAAAGCUCUGGGAGCCUUGCCGACUGGAGGAUUCGGCGAGCGCAUGAAGACUGGUCACCCGAUCAAUCUGCGUAUCUUCCCCGAUCUAGACUUUGCUAAGAUGAAGGCUCCGGAGCUCAAGAAUGGCGCCAACAAAAUUUCACCGCCCUAUAAGAACCCAUAA